AUGUCGAUCCACCCGCUCGCACACGGGGUCAGCCCCGUGGCCCUGUCCAAACAUGCCAAACAACCGCUACGACUGAUGACACCGUUUUCAUUGGCCACGCCGGCGUUCCCUGCCCUGGAUCGACGGAUCGCGCCGUACUCGAAGUGGCUACUCCCGUAUAGAGCGCUGCGAUUGCUCUGGGUUGUCUUGCUCAUCCCAAUCCAUGUGCUGCUAUGCAUCCUCGUCGCUCUAGGAUGUCCGAUCGAGUCGGUGGUACCUACAGGUUUGUACCCCGUCACGCACAAGCACAGUUGGACGCUCCUGCAGUCGAUCUUCUACCCCAUCCUAAAGCGGUUGAUCUGGUCCAUCACCGAUGUCGGUGGAGCGCCCCGCUUCUCGGAUGACGAAGCUCGCACGAUCCCGCGAUGGACCGUCUGGUUGCUUCGGGUCGUCUACCCCGGCUCCGAACGCGUCGUCGUCCACGUCGAAGAUGCCGAGCCAUCUAAUGAAGGUGCUCUCGGAUUGGACGUCGAGCUUGUGGAUGCAUCAACCUCGAUCUACUACCGAGGCGAAGCGUAUGACCCCAGUGGCGUCAUUUUGCCGAGCUCGGUCCCCCUGUUCUGGUUCGAACAGCCGCGGCAGGAGCAGAAGAGUCACGUCGCAGGAAGACGCGCCGGUCCUAGGGAAAGAGUCGUGCUUUACUUUGUGGGAGGUGGAUAUUCGUAUGGUACGUUGCCUCCGAGUACGUGGAGGGUGGCUGUGUUCACGACGCUAAUCUGGGGCUGCUAAAUUCUCAGGCUCGCCGAUCGAAGGCAAUCGGUGCUACACCAUCGCCCAAAAAACCGGUCUCAGAGUGGUUGGUAUGUCAUAGUCCAGGUUGACGGAAUUUUUCAUUUCGUCUCGGGGCUCUAAUCGACUCUCUGUGCUACAGGCGCCAACUAUCGCAAAGCCGUCCGGCCGGAAACGGCUUUCCCAGCCGCGCUCCAGGAUGCGAUCACGGCUUACAAGCAUCUCCUCGAUCUUGGUUUCAAAGACAUCGUGCUCGCUGGUGAUAGCGCUGGAGGUGGACUCGCGAUAACGCUUCUUCUCUACUUUUGCAAGACGCUCGUCCGCUCGCCAAGCUACCCGGCCUCGUUCAUCUUGCCGACGGGCAUGUUCCUCUACUCCCCAUGGGUCGACCUCACGCUGCGCAAUCACCGCAAAUUGCACACCCGGUUGGCAGACGACAUCCUCAGUCAAGGUCAGAUGUCGAACGCGGCGACGUGUUAUCUCGUCAAUACCGUCGAAAAGGGCAAGUCCGAGGAUCCGAAUAGCAUAUACAACUUGGGGGCUCGACACCCCUUUAUCUCGCCCGCGUUGCCUUCGUCGCUCCCCACUCUCGAGUACAUCGGCAAAGCCUACGCUCAUCGCGCCGAACUGAGGAUACUUAUAUUCUCUGGUCAGUUUAGUAGAUUGAUCAGUGUGCUUUUCUCAAGUGACUGAUUCAGGUGUAUCAUAUUUCCAGGCGGUGCCGAAUAUUUCGCUCCCGAUAUUCACGCAUUGGUGUGGCUGCUCCGCAAGGUCAAGCAUGGGAUGAAGCUCACCGCCGUGGAAGAGAAGAACGAGGUGCAUUGCUACCCGUUGAUGCCGUUAUGGGUCUCUCCGGCCGCCGAGCGGGCACUGCAAAUGGUGGAGGCGUUCUUGCUGGACAAGGCGUCGUGA